GGCCGCCGUGCAUUGUGGGUUGAGCCGCCCAGGUUUGUCCACGGGGCUCCCGGGGUGGCAGCACGCACGGAGCUCGGUCCCCCCGAUCCUUGGGGUAACCCCCCCCCCACCCCCUCGCUGGGUCCGCGUUGGGGUCCCCGUGUCGAGGACCCCCCCCCCCCCCCCUUGCGUCCCCCUCUGCUCAUCCCCUCGCACGGCCCCGCGAUGCGUUCUCACAUGUGCCACGGUGGCCCCAGGGUGGCACACUGAGGCGUGGCGGGGGAGAUGGCCGCGCGGCUGGAGCCCUGGUGGGUGACGUGGCUCCACGGGUUUCCCCACCUCGACUUCAGUCUCCGGCCCGUGGACUCCACUUUCGCCCCCGACGACCCCGCCUACCAGCAGUCCUUGGCAUUCCUGGCUGGAAUCGUGGGCGCCUGCCUGACCUUUAACCUCCUGGUGGUGGCCAUCUACUUCCUGUGCCGCUGCUGCCGACGGUCGCUGCACCGCGAUGGCGCGGAGCUCAAGCGCGGGCGCUCGCGCUGCGCCGUGUGGGUCGUCGUGUGCGCGGCGCUCAUGUGCAGCGCGGCGAUCGGCGUUGGUUUCUACGGCAACAGCGAGACGGACGACGGCGUGGAGCGUUGCCUCGAGGGCCUGCAGAGCACGCGCGAAACCAUCGACACCGCCACCACGCUGGUGGGCAACACCCUCACCUCCCUGCGAGACGAGGUCACCCCUGACCUGCUGUCCCUGGAGAAGGCGUACGCCAAGCGUGCAGAGUUCCUGCGCCUCGUCAGACAGGCGCGCGUCCACCUGGGCACCCUGACGAGCCGGCUGGACGCCCUGCUGCCCCUGUGGAGGGACCCCUCGGGCCAGGGGGGCAGCACCUUGCAAUGGCUGCAGGAGCAGCUGACCAUCGUCGAGUUCUACCGGUGGCUGGCCUACGUGCUGCUGCUGUCGGUCGACCUCUUCACCUGCCUCCUGGUUCUGCUGGGGCUGGCCAAGCAGUCGCGCUGCCUCAUCAACCUGGCCGUGCUCAUGGGACUGCUCAUGCUCCUCGCCCACUGGUCCACGCUCGCCCUGCAGCUCGCCGGAUCCGUCGGCGCGAGCGACUUCUGCUUCGCACCGCGACAGUUCCUCGCCAACGUGACGCAGGCGCUCGGCACGGUGGAGCGAGACACGCUGAGCUACUACCUCGAGUGCCACCCGUCCUCCGUCAGCCCGUUCCAGACGGGCCUGACGGGCAGCGUGCGCGCCGUCUCCGAUCUCCAGUCGCUCGCGCUGGAGCUGCUGCUCUUCGGGGCGGUGGAGGUGCCAAGGACGCGGAAGGAGCUGGGCAAGGUGCAGGCGGAACUGAACGUGACGGAGACGGCCGUGCACCAGCUCACGGCGCUGCUCGACUGCCGGGCCCUCAACAAGGAUGUGCUGGCCGGGCUGACUGGCAUGUGUUGGGACGGCCUCAAGGGGCAGCUCCUGCUGUCGCUGUUCUCGCUCACGGGGGCCAUCGCCAUGAGCUGCAUCGUCUGCGCCAUCCCCACUGCCUGCGCGCGCUUCCGCAAGAGGGAGCGUUGCCGCGAGGACAACGAGGACCCGUUUGGGCCGCGCGCCAGCGGCGCCGCGUACCGCCACGCGGGCCGGAUGGCCUUCUCCAGCCUCUACAGCUACGGCAGCAGCUUCGGCAGCGAGGGCAGCCUCCCCGCUCUGGCGCACUGCCCGCCCUCGCACGGACUCGGGGCCACCGUGCCCUCCACCUCGGCCUCCUCCAACGCCGCCGCCGCCGCCAACCUCGCCAACGCGGGGGGGGGCGGUAGUUACACUGAAGAGGUGGGUCCCUUCAACAACAACCCCAUCUACGAGGAGGCCACCUUCUCGCGACGCCAGUCCCCGCCGCCCUCCCUGUUUUUGGCUGCUAGCAACGGGGCCAAUGGCCUCCUGUGGCAACCAAACACGCGGGACGGCACAAGUACGCGACGGCUAUGAGGCACCAUGGCACACGCGAGCCACGAGGAAGCCCCGCCCGGUUGGCAUGACAACCGGCCUCCUGGUACCACGCAGAUGCUAGCAGUGUCUGACGCCAGCUCCUGUCCCCCCCCCCC